AUGGUGCGGCGUUUGACGGCAGUCCCUCGGCCACUUCAUGUACGCGAAUGGCAGGACUCUCGAAGCCACAGCGCUGCGGUCUUCGCUUUUCCAUCCAGCUUCUUGUGCGUAGAGGAGCAAAUUGUGAAUCUUCACAAACUAUACAUGAUAUCUAGCAUGCAAUAUAACAGCGUUCUAAGCAUCGCCUUCUCGCCCACUCACCACAGGCCCCUGCAAAUGAAGGAACGUUGCCUCGCCCACUCACCACAGGCCCCUGCAAAUGAAGGAACAUUGCCUCCCCCCAUAGUCGAGCCACGAGACGAGCUGGAGGCGCACACUGAAACACUUGCGCGGACCGAUCUUUGGGAAGUAAUUAGGGAAAUAGACAGGAGGUAUGGUGCCGGUGCGAGCAGUUAG